AUGACGGCUAAUACGGGUUCUGAGCUAGCAAGAGACUACCUGGCUCGUCAGAACAUCCCACAACUGUUCGAAAGCCUGAUAGCUGGGCUGGCUUACCAUAGACCAGACGACCCCAUCUCCUUCCUGCAGCGGUGUCUGGAGGAAGCAAAGACACGGGGACCGGGAUGUGGAAAGGGGACGCAGUGCGAGAAGCUGGCGAAAGAGUUCGGUCUCGUCCACCUCUCCUCGGGGGACCUGCUGCGGGAAGAGGUGGCGAGAGGAUCUCUUCGGGGCCGCGAGAUCCAGGAGAUCAUGACUGAAGGCAAACUUGUCCCUCCUGAAGUGACAGUUAGACUGCUGAAAUCGGCCAUCAAUUCUGUAGGUGAUGCAAACGGAUUUCUUAUCGAUGGCUUCCCCAGAGAACUGGCCCAGGCACAUAUGUUCGAGCAACAAGUAGGGGAGUGUGCAGCGGUGGUGGUGUUUGAGUGUGGCGAGGAGGUGUUAGUGGAGAGGCUGAGAAAGAGGGGAGAGACCAGCGGCCGCGUGGACAACAACGAUGACACCAUCAGAAAGAGGCUCACAACGUUCUCCGCCUCCACUCUGCCAGUGGUGCAGCACUACCAGUCACUGGGGAGAACUAGAAUGGUAGAUGCAAGUGGGACAGUGGAUAAGGUGUCCAGUGAAGACAAGAUCAUCUUCAGACAACUGUUAGCAGACCAUUGACGGAUAGCACUGCAUCAAAUCACUGACAUUACCUCAUCACGAACCAAUCACAUUGAAUAAUGUAUAAU